CCCGACAAGUACCCAGUAGGCAAUUGGCCUCUAAUAUUAAGAAUUCAUUUCUAUUUCUAUAAUCAGAACUCAAACCUCGAGUUAAAGCUCAGUAUAUGAAUACUGUUAAGAAUACAAUAUCCAAAAUGCUCUCGCAUGCUAAAAUUACUCCUCAUCGGUCGGCUGCUCGUGGGCACUCGGAUCAUGGUUGGCUCAACACUUACCACAGCUUUUCGUUCGCCGAAUGGUACGAUCCUAAGUUUACACACUUUGGCUCGUUGAGGGUGUUAAAUGAGGACCGAGUCAAGCCGAAUUCGGGGUUUCCAACACACCCUCACCGCGACUUUGAGAUUUUUAGUUAUAUCAUUUCCGGCGAACUUACUCACCGAGAUAGUAUGCUUCGUAAGGGUGCCGAGGGUGGGCAGUCGGACAAGUUUUAUCGAAUGCGUCGAGGGGAUGUCCAAUUUACCACCGGGGGCACGGGCAUUGCGCAUUCCGAACAGAACGAGCACGCAAGAGAUACCGUUCAUUUCCUCCAGAUCUGGGCAAUUCCGUGGAAACGAGGACUCACUCCUAGAUACCAUACCCGGCAUUUUGAUGACGAGGAGAAGCGCAAGGGGUUCGUGCCGAUUUUGAGUCCGCUCAAGGGUGGUCCGGAGGCUACAUUUGAGCAGGAGAAAGCUGCCGAGCCGACAAUUGAGGGGACCAUACCUAUCCAUGCCGAUUUCGUCAUGGGAGCCGCUUUAAUCCCGCCCCAGGGAAGAUUCGAUUGGGUUAUUGGGGCCCACAUCGCGGAGAGCAGCAGGAGAAAGGUGUACAUUCACGUUCCGAUGACGAAGAAGGGACAAGCAAAAAUCCGACUCGACGGCCGUGACGAGGUUUUUAACGAAGGCGAUGGCGCAUUUAUUGAUGGUGUUAAUGCGGGGGACAGGUUGACCGUGGAAAGUAUUGGCGAUGUCGAAGCCGAGGUCGUGGUUCUCGAUACAGCGUGAUCAGUAGGGAAUUGCCCUCCUAUUCAACAUGCUAACAGUAACAGUAACAGCCUUUCGUUGAAAGAGGAAAAAUUGAGUCUCUGCUCAUUGGCAAAGAGGACCUCACUUGGUUAAAUGGCAGAUAUAAGCGGUAUUUAUUUCAAGGAUAUAGACGCAUAUAUGACCAGCAUUGCUGUCAAGUUGUAAGUCGUCGCCCGAGCCUAAUAUACA